CCCCGCUCCUCCUCCUCUCGCCCUGUCAGUCGACUGUUUUCGGGCUGUGUGUGUGUCUGUUAGCUAGCUGCUAGCCAUCAUCACCACAAUAAACUGCAGAAACAGAAGACGGAUAUGGCGGAUACAGCCAGGGACGCUCCACCGGAGCAGACCGACUUCCAUGAGCUGGAGGACGGGGAGGAACUGUUCCCGGAGCCGGCCACCACACAGGAGUCCCAACCAGCCAGUUUAACUGCUGAGGACAUCAGCACCAACUCAAAUGGACCCAAGCAAGACUCGCUCUUCGAUGACGAUCCAGAGGAUCUGUUUGCAGAAGCGACAGAGGAGGUUUCGUUGGACAGUCCAGAGAGAGACGUUCUGCUGUCCGAUGGCCCAUCGCCCGCCAUCACCCCCAUCACCCCUCCCACGUCCGUCAUCACCCCUCGCAUUGGCCACACCCACGACGACAUGUUCACACACUCCUCAUUCGAUGAGAUUGAAGAAGAGGAGGGCGGAGAUUCUUUUGACAUUCACAUAUCGGUGUCUGACCCAGAGAAAGUUGGUGAUGGGAUGAAUGCAUAUAUGGCCUACAAAGUGACGACCAAGACCUCCAUAUCCUUGUUUAAGCGAAAUGAGUUUGCUGUAAAAAGGCGUUUCAGUGACUUUCUGGGUCUGCACAGUAAACUGGCCUCCAAGUACCUGCACAUAGGCUACAUCGUCCCCCCUGCACCGGAGAAAAGCAUUGUAGGGAUGACAAAGGUGAAGGUGGGGAAGGAGGACCAGUCAUCCAACGAGUUUGUAGAGAAGAGAAGGUCGGCACUCGAGAGAUAUUUGAUGAGAACGGUGAAGCAUCCCAUCCUGCUGAAGGAUCCUGACGUUCUGCAAUUUCUGGAGAGCUCAGAGUUGCCGCGGGCUGUCAGCACUCAGGCUCUGAGCAGUGCCGGACUUCUGCGAAUGGUCAACAAGGCGGCAGAUGCAGUCAACAAGAUGACCAUCAAGAUGAACGAGUCUGAUGCUUGGUUUGAGGAGAAGCAGCAGCAUUUUGAGAAUCUGGACGUUCAGUUGAGGAAACUUCACACCAGCGUGGAGUCUCUGGUCUGUCACAGGAAAGAGCUAUCCGUGAACACGGCGCAGUUUGCCAAGUCGGCGGCCAUGUUGGGGAACAGUGAGGACCACACAGCUCUGUCUCGGGCUCUGUCCCAGCUGGCUGAGGUGGAGGAGAAGAUCGAUCAGCUGCACCAGGACCAGGCCAACGCUGACUUCUACCUUUUCUCCGAGCUGCUGGGUGACUACGUCCGCCUGCUCACCGCCGUGAAGGGUGUGUUUGAUCACCGUAUGAAGACGUGGCAGAAGUGGCAGGACAGUCAGAUGUUGCUGCAGAAGAAACGGGAAGCUGAAGCCAAACUGCAGUUCACCAACAAACCAGACAAACUGCAGCAGGCCAAAGAUGAGAUCAAAGAGGAGAUUGAGGAGCUGGAAGGGAAGGUCCAGCAGGGUGAGAGAGACUUUGAGCAGAUUUCCAAAACCAUCCGCAAAGAAGUCAGCAGGUUUGAGAAAGAGCGAGUGAAGGACUUUAAAACGAUCAUUAUCAAAUACCUGGAGUCUCUGGUUCAGACACAACAGCAGCUGAUAAAAUACUGGGAGGCUUUCUUACCUGAAGCCAAGGCAAUCUCAUAGAAUCCGAUCUACUCACAGACAGUCCUGACUGGCUCUGGUCAAACUACACUACCCAUAAUGCACAUGUCCUCCUGGGUCCUUCCUGCUCCUCCUUAUUAAGCUCAGAGUAAAGAAGAGAAGUGAGGCAGCAAAUCAGCUGAAAUCUGAUAAAGUUCACGAUGUUUAACUCCCCCCCCCCCCCCCCGCCUCCCGCUGUGCUGCGUUCAUGUCAUGACUGAGGCUUUAGAACAUUUAGAAUAAUACCUUAGGAAUGCUGAUACACCAAAACUGAUUUCUGAGUUCCCUCAUUCAUUUUUAUGAAGUCUAAAAACUGCAGGGAGCGAUUCUUUGGGUUGGAAAGUCGUAUUUUCGUAAUAAUGUGAACGCAGCGCGGGUUAUGGCCCUGGUGAAUUUUCUUUUCUUUUUUUUUUAAACAUUCUGGUUGAUUUUGUUGUUUCUUUCCUCGUUGUGCAUGAGGAAAAAGGUGAUUGCAGAAAGCUAUUUAAGGGCUUUUUACACAAUAAUGAUCAAUAUUCAAACUUUUAACUAAAGAAAGUUUUUUUUUUUCUCCAUAAGCUUAGCAUUUGAAGGCAUGUUUCCACCUUAAAAAUGUGGAACGUAAUUCACAUAUCUUUGAGAUUUGAACUGAUAAAACAAGAUAUUCCCUUAAAUAAAUAAAUGAAAAAUAAAUUGGUGAUUUAAAAAAAAGGAAUUCAUAAGAACAGUUUCUUUGAAGAAAGCGAUUUGAUCCUCUCAACCGAAAUAUUGUGUCUUUAGUUAAAUGAAGAUAUUUACAUUUCAUUUCUUUUAUGGUUUUCUACUACCCACGAGUGCUGGCAGUACAGGAUGUUAGGAUUUCUGCACUUCCAACUUUAAUCUGCCAUUCCCAAUGACCUGUGGUGAUUUUAGUUGGGGAAAAACGAACAGGACCCCUAUGCCCAGCUUACCUUAUCGCCAGUUAAAUUUCAUCCAGUUUAAGUCACCAGUUUAUUUUACUGAAGGAAGUUUUUACCUAAUUUUUUUAAACACUUCAAACUGCUGAGUCAGAAUAUGUGCUUUUAUUUUGGAGUUUGGAACAUGAGCUGUGAAACCGAUCCAGAGUACGUGAUCAAGGACUGCAUCGUGUUUGUGUCUUGUUACCUCCUGCCACCUGUUCUUUUACUUCCUCUCAUUCCUUUCAGAACAAGAGCCUGUGUUUUUGUUGCUGUAUGAUCGUAAGUGAAGGCAACAUUUUCUGUUUCUGUCCUCUCUGAGCCAACAAGAGCAGAGAAGGAAGACUCUCAGAUGCCGGUUUGGUUCAUUGCUGUUCUUCCAUCCAUCCACAAUUUCCACUAGAAAUUGUGGAUGGAAGUUUCUGAACAAAAACUUUUAUACAGUUUUUUUGGGCAGUUAGUUUGAAACCCUUUUGAAUAUGAAUAGAGACUAAUACGCUUCAGUGGACACUGUGACAUAAAAAAACACUUUUUUCUUUUAAUAUUUUCCACCUUUUCAUGACAAAUUUACCAAAUUUCUUGGCCAAAAUAUAAGUCAAAAUUUAGUCAAACUUCUGAGAAAAUUAGUUUUCUUUAGCUUCCCCCAAUUCUAAUGUGAAUCUACAAGAGCUGAAAUAUUGAAUGAAGCAUUAGUAGCCAUAAAAAAAAUGUGAAUGUUGAUUUUCUUACGACUUGAAAUCAUUAUACGAAUAAACGAUAAUGUGAGAAUGCCCCUCUGUGGCAGAUUUUCUCUAUCUCUGUGAAAUCAUACUUAAUAUGCAGUUAAUUAGUACCUUAUGAAGCUUCAGUGUGAACUGGGCCUUGGUGGCUUUCUUCCUGCUGCUCAUGUUCAGCGCAGAGAGGAGACUUUAAGGUUUUGAGUUUUAAAUUAACAAGAACUGAUUAAAUCAAUCAGAAACUGCUUGUUAGUAUUUCUGAGUUUUGAAAGCUUGUGGUGUCCUUCCUUUAGGGAAUGAUAAUAAAUCUGAAGUUCGGAGCGUCUGAGUAGUUUCAGGCCUGGUGGAGGUGAGACUUUGUCAGUUGACUGAGUAGGUGUCCGUCCAGAGAUCAGCCUCAGACUGUGAGAUUUAUUUUUUACUCUUUGUUAAUUAAGGCGACGACUCCAACUUAAAAAUCCUGCAGAAAAUGACCCUGAUUUUAUUUUUUGUUGAAUUCAAAGAACACUUUGCUAUCCAGCGUCUGUUAUAAAAUCUACAAAUCAGAUAUUUUAGCUUAUUUGAUACAAGCAGAACGUAAAACUGGAAUUACUUUUGAUUUUGACUUUUCUUCUUUUGGUGCUCAGCCCACAUUACUCCUCAGUCUUAAAUUCUACAAAACUCUGUGGAUUGUUGUGUUUUUGUUCAUGUUUUAUUCCUCAUUUCCUGCCACCAAAUGAUGUGCAAUGGUUGAGAACUUUUAUUUGAUUUUAGUUUUUGUUUAGUUUUUUUUUUCACUGAUGAUGAAAUGCUUUAUCUGCUGAGAUUUUUUUAAAGCCAUUUUGGUUUUGAAGUGACAUUCCUGAAGUGUGACAGAGCAGACGUUUGAGUACAAUAAAGGAAUGUAUCUCAUC